AUGGCGGCCAAUGACGUUGAUGUGUCCGCAGCCCCAGCUGCAGCGGGUGGCGUCCAGACCGGAAAGGUGAAGUGGUUCAACAGCACCAAGGGCUUCGGGUUCAUCACGCCCAACGACGGCGGCGAGGAUCUGUUCGUCCACCAGACGAGCAUCAAGGCGGAGGGCUUCCGCAGCCUCGACGAGAACGAGGACGUCGAGUUCACCAUCGAAACCGCCUCUGACGGCCGCACCAAGGCGAUUAACGUCACCGGCCCCGGCGGCGCGUUCGUCAAGGGCGCGCCGAGGCGGGACAAUUUCGGCGGUGGCGGCGGGUACGGCGGCGGCGGGUAUGGCGGCGGCGGCGGCGGGUACGGCGGAGGCGGGUAUGGUGGCGGGGGCUAUGGGGGCGAUUUCGGCGGUGGGGGAGGAUAUGGGGGUGCGGGUGGGUAUGGCGGCGGGGGGUAUGGCGGAGGCCGUGGGGGGAGGUCCGGGGGAAGAGGCGGGGGUGGUAACUGUUACAGCUGCGGGAUGCCUGGGCACAUGGCCAGGGAUUGCCCCCAGGGUCCGUCGGCUGGCGGAGGUGGUGGGGGAGGAGGGCGUGCCUGCUACACCUGCGGCCAGCCUGGGCAUAUUGCAAGGGACUGCCCCUCCGGCGGGCAGUAG